AUGUUCGUCUUACCCCACCCUAACUACGCCGAGAUCCCAGAACCAGACCACGACGGUCACGAGUACAGCGUCGAGGAGAUAAUCAACUACUCUCACGAGCAUGCUCCAGGUCUUCUCGACGUAACCCCUGUGCCAGAGCGUAUAGUCAUCGCCCCGCAAGUCAAAUACACCGUCCGCCAGGCUAGCACCGAGAUGAUCCUCAUCGGUAUGCACGAGGGGCGUCUGAAGAUAAGCACAGUCGUAGGAGCCUCAAGAACGUCAAUCUGUAUGGGGCAUGAGCGCGAUGGUGCCCAGGGUCAGGCCAAGCAACUGCGCUCAGUACUCUGA